GUUGUUGCUAAAACUAGAUGAAAACAUCAAAGCCAAUGCCAAGAACAAUAACAACUACAAAAUCAACUAGAUAACAACAACUGAAAGGGAUAAGAAAUUACUUAAUUCGUGAAUAUAUCUUUUUAGUGAAAAUUUAAUACUGCUGCAUAUAAAAUGUUCGGCUGCAAUCCAGCGGAUUACGAUUUAAAGGUUGAAUUGUCUCGCUGCUUCAAUGGUAUUGGCACUGUUUACUUGGCUCAGUUUCUACCCAAUGGACAACAUGUCGCAGUUAAGAAAUAUCGUAUGGAUAAGGCCAACAAAGAGGAGAGUAUAUUAGCGCGUGAAGAGCUACUUAUUAUGCGUCAAUUCAACCACCCAAAUAUACAUACAUUCCAUACUUCUUUUGUAUACGGAAAUGAACUCUUCCAGGUAGCCCCGUUAAUGUGUUUUGGCAGUUGCAAAGACACAAUCGCCAAUUGUUUUCGGGCAGGUUUUCCCGAAAUAUUUGUUGCUCUGAUAAUGCGCGAUGUACUCUCUGGCCUAGAGUAUCUACAUCGACGUGGUUACAUACACCGCUCCAUACGUGCCAGCCACAUACUGCUGAAUCAAACAAAAGCUGUGUUAGCUGGUUUCCGGGAAUGCACCAGCAUUGUGGCGCAUGGCGAAAGGAUCGGAGCUUUACAUCAAUUAGCACCUUGCAGCGCCCGUAGUCUAAAUUGGUUGGCACCUGAAGUUUUGGAACAGAAUAUAAUUGGUUAUACUGAAAAAUCGGAUAUUUAUUCUAUUGGUAUCACAUGUUGCGAAAUGGCAAAUGGAGUUGAGCCAUUCGCAGAUGCGCAGCCAACAUUUAUGUUCACGGAAAAGCUACGUGGUAAUGUACCGACAUUAUUGGAUCGUUCAACUUGCCCUGCAAGUGAGGAGAUGAUAGAAAUUGUUGCUAGCACUGAUUCAGAUUCAAUAAGACAGGCGCAACAAAUCUACUGUCAGCGAGUUUUCUCCGAUGAAUUCCAUCAAAUGACAGAGAUAUGUAUGGAAAAAAGGCCAUCUAGUCGCUGGUCGGCACUUCAACUGCUUAGUCAUUCCUUUUUCAAACAGUGCCGACAUACGAGUAUUUUAGAUCAAUUGCAACGUUUCGGCUUAGAGACGAAGGAUUAUACACAAAUAAGGGAUGAAAGCUUGGGUCUGUGCACAGAUUUGAAUGAAAUGAGUGUACAAAGUACUGAUUGGGAGUGGGAUUUUUAAUUUACUUCGCAAAAAAUAGUCAUAACAACUUGCAUGCUAAAAUACGUUUGUACAUACUUUCAUCUACAUAUGUAUGCCAAAAUAAAAAAAGCUGUAUUUUACAUUUUUUAUUUCGCUGUUAAAUCUAUCGAAAACUCAAAUGUAUGUACUCACGUUUUGCCUCUAUGAGAGAAUUCGAAAGACUACAAAUAAAACAUUUUGUAAACUUGUCACAAAAAACCGUCAAAAAUUAUUCCUGCUCAUAAUGAAAUUCAUUCAAUUGUGAUUAUGGUUACUUACAGAGCGAAACCUCUCAUCUGAUGGAUCGAAAGCUAUGGCCACAUGACAUUACUUUAACCACCCGCAAUGAUAGCGAAAAAAAAA